AUGUUCCAGACACUGGUAGAAAUGAGCAGCCCUCGUAAAGUCCACUCCCUCGACGUGCGGCCGGGCGGUUGUGCUGGCUCUGGCUGCGGGAAGUGUGACUGCCAUGGAGUGAAGGGACAGAAGGGCGAAAGAGGCCUCCCGGGCUUGCAGGGUGUCAUCGGGUUCCCCGGGAUGCAAGGACCGGAGGGGCCACAGGGGCCCCCGGGACAGAAGGGUGACACUGGAGAACCCGGACUGCCUGGAACAAAGGGGACAAGGGGACCCCCAGGAGCAUCAGGUUACCCAGGAAACCCAGGACUUCCUGGUAUUCCCGGCCAAGAUGGCCCCCCCGGUCCUCCAGGUAUCCCCGGAUGCAAUGGAACAAAGGGCGAGCCAGGGCCUCUGGGGCCUCCGGGUUUGCCUGGAUUCACUGGAAAUCCCGGCCCUCCAGGUCCUCCUGGCCCUCCAGGUGAAAAGGGGCAAAUGGGCUUAAGUUUCCAAGGCCCAAAGGGCGACAAGGGUGACCAAGGGGUCAGUGGGCCCCCGGGGGUUCCAGGACAAGCUCAGGUUCAAGAAAAAGGAGACUUUGCCACUAAAGGAGAGAAGGGUCAGAAAGGUGAACCUGGAUUUCAGGGAAUGCCAGGGGUUGGAGAGAAAGGGGAGCCCGGAAAGCCAGGGCCCCGAGGAAAACCUGGCAAAGAUGGCGAAAAAGGAGAAAAAGGGAGUCCAGGGUUCCCAGGUGACGCAGGGUACCCAGGACUCCCCGGACGAGAAGGUUUCAAGGGAGACAAAGGUGAAGCAGGUCCCCCAGGCCCACCUGGAAUCGUGAGUAAAAAUAAUGUCUGGUCGUCUGUGCGGGCGUUUGACAGUGAAGAGAAGGGGGUUGGGGCCACGGCAUUCCUGCACUUACGCUUCCCAGUACCAGAGCUGGCAGGUGCUCCUGGCUUUCCCGGUGAAAGAGGGCAGAAAGGUGACCAAGGGUUUCCAGGCACAUCUUUGCCGGGACCAAGUGGAAGGGACGGGCUCCCGGGUCCCCCUGGGCCUCCUGGGCCCCCUGGACAGCCGGGUCACACAAAUGGAAUUGUGGAGUGCCAGCCUGGACCGCCAGGGGACCGAGGUGCCCCCGGAAGUCCGGGGCAACCAGGGCUGACGGGCGAAGUCGGAGAAAAAGGUCAGAAAGGAGACAGUUGCCUCAUCUGUGACACAGCAGGACUUCGUGGGCCCCCUGGACCACAGGGACCCCCAGGAGAAAUAGGUUUCCCGGGACAGCCAGGGGCCAAGGGCGACAGAGGCUUACCCGGCAGAGAUGGCCUGGAAGGACUGCCUGGACCACAAGGUGUGCCAGGGCUGAUGGGCCAGCCCGGAGCCAAGGGAGAGCCUGGCGAGAUUUACUUCGACGCACGGCUCAAAGGAGACAAAGGGGACCCGGGCUUUCCAGGCCAGCCCGGGAUGCCGGGCAGAGCAGGCACUCCGGGGAGAGACGGCCACCCGGGUCUGCCCGGCCCCAAAGGCUCCCCGGGUUCAGUAGGGUUGAAAGGAGAGCGUGGCCCCCCUGGAGGAGUUGGAUUCCCUGGCAGUCGUGGCGACAUCGGCCCUCCUGGGCCUCCAGGGUUUGGCCCCAUCGGCCCCGUUGGUGACAAAGGACAAGUGGGUUUUCCAGGGAACCCUGGACCCCCAGGCCAGCCAGGUCCCAAGGGUGAAGCUGGACAAGUUGUGCCCCUACCUGGUCCCCCCGGAGCACAAGGACUUCCGGGGUCCCCGGGUUUCCAAGGACCCCAAGGUGACCGAGGUUUUCCUGGAACGCCGGGAAGGCCAGGCCUCCCGGGAGAGAAGGGUGCUGUUGGCCAGCCCGGAAUCGGAUUUCCAGGGCCUCCUGGCCCCAAAGGUGUCGAUGGCCUGCCUGGAGACGUGGGACCUCCCGGGAGCCCAGGCCGCCCAGGAUUUAACGGCUUGCCUGGCAACCCGGGUGUGCCCGGCCAAAAGGGAGAGCCUGGCAUCGGUCUGCCUGGACUCAAAGGGUUGCCUGGUCUUCCCGGCAUCCCUGGCACACCUGGGGAGAAGGGAAACAUCGGGGGACCGGGCGUUCCGGGAGAGCAUGGUGUUAUCGGCCCCCCAGGCCUCCAGGGAAUCAGAGGUGACCCAGGACCACCUGGAUUACAAGGUCCCAAGGGAGCCCCUGGAGUUCCUGGGAUAGGCCCACCUGGAGCGAUGGGCCCCCCUGGAGGACAGGGACCACCAGGGUCCUUAGGCCCUCCUGGACUGAAGGGAGAGAAGGGCUUCCCAGGAUUUCCAGGCCUCGACAUGCCGGGCCCCAAAGGAGACAAAGGGUCCCCAGGGCUGCCCGGCCUGACAGGGCAGUCUGGGCUCCCCGGUCUUCCCGGACAGCAGGGCACGCCUGGCCUUCCCGGCAUUCCAGGUCCCAAGGGAGAGAUGGGUGUCAUGGGGACCCCGGGGCAGCCCGGCUCGCCAGGCCCAGCGGGAGUGCCAGGAUUGCCCGGAGAAAAAGGGGACCACGGCUUCCCGGGCUCCUCGGGGCCCAGGGGAGACCCCGGCUUCAAGGGCGACAAAGGAGAUGUGGGUCUCCCUGGCAAGCCUGGGUCCAUGGAUAAGGUGGACAUGGGCAGCAUGAAGGGUCAGAAGGGAGACCAAGGAGAAAAAGGACAAAUUGGACCAACUGGUGAUAAAGGAUCCCGGGGAGACCCUGGAACCCCGGGAAUGCCAGGAAAGGACGGCCAGGCAGGGCAUCCUGGGCAGCCAGGACCUAAAGGUGACCCCGGCAUCGGCGGGACCCCGGGGGCUCCAGGGCUCCCUGGACCCAAAGGAUCAGUUGGUGGAAUGGGCCUGCCAGGAACACCCGGAGAAAAAGGCGUGCCUGGGAUCCCCGGCCCGCAGGGCGUCCCUGGCUUACCCGGGGAGAAAGGCGCAAAGGGCGAGAAAGGGCAGGCAGGCCUCCCUGGCAUUGGGAUUCCGGGCCGGCCUGGCGACAAGGGAGAUCAAGGGAUUGCAGGAUUUCCGGGAAGUCCUGGAGAGAAGGGAGAGAAAGGAAGCGUGGGGAUCCCGGGGAUCCCUGGCUCCCCUGGCCCCCAAGGAUCCCCUGGGAGCGUUGGCUAUCCAGGAAGCCCUGGCUUGCCUGGGGAUAAAGGGGACAGAGGCCUCCCGGGAUCGGCUGGCAUUCCCGGUGUCAAGGGAGAAGCAGGUCUUCCUGGGAAACCUGGCCCCGCGGGCCCAGCCGGCCAGAAAGGGGAGCCUGGCAGUGACGGAAUCCCGGGGUCGGCGGGAGAGAAGGGGGAACCAGGCCUGCCUGGAAGAGCAUUCCCAGGGUUCCCAGGGGCCAAAGGAGAGAAAGGUUCAAAGGGCGACGUGGGCUUCCCGGGACAAGCCGGGAGUCCAGGAAUUCCCGGAUCCAAAGGAGAGCAAGGAUUCAUGGGUCCCCCGGGGCCACAAGGACAGCCGGGCUUACCCGGAGCUCCGGGCCACGCUGUGGAGGGGCCUAAAGGAGACCGGGGCGCACAGGGUCAGCCUGGCCUGCCAGGGCUUCCGGGACCCAUGGGGCCUCCGGGGCUCCCCGGGCUUGAUGGACUGAAAGGUGACAAAGGAAACCCAGGCUGGCCGGGGGCUCCCGGUGCUCCAGGACCCAAGGGAGAUCCAGGAUUCCAGGGCCUGCCUGGAAUCGGUGGCUCUCCAGGACUCACGGGCUCUAAGGGUGACAUAGGACCUCCGGGAGUUCCAGGAUUUCAAGGUCAGAAAGGCCUCCCCGGCCUGCAGGGAGCUAAGGGCGAUCCGGGUGACCAGGGCUUCCCUGGAAGCAAAGGCCUCCCUGGGCCCCCAGGCCCCCCAGGGCCCUACGACAUCAUCAAAGGAGAGCCAGGACUCCCUGGUCCAGAGGGUCCCCCAGGUCUGAAGGGGCUUCCGGGACCACCAGGCCCCAAAGGACAGCAAGGUGUGACAGGAUCCGUGGGCUUGCCUGGACCUCCAGGUGUUCCCGGUUUUGAUGGUGCUCCUGGCCAGAAAGGAGAGACGGGACCCUUUGGCCCCCCUGGUCCAAGAGGGUUUCCAGGCCCGCCAGGCCCCGACGGGUUGCCAGGAUCCAUGGGUCCCCCAGGCACCCCAUCUGUUGAUCAUGGCUUCCUGGUGACCCGGCACAGUCAGACGACGGACGACCCGCAGUGUCCUCCUGGGACCAAAAUUCUUUACCACGGGUACUCCCUGCUCUACGUGCAAGGCAACGAGCGGGCGCACGGCCAGGACUUGGGCACGGCUGGGAGCUGCCUGCGCAAGUUCAGCACGAUGCCCUUCCUGUUCUGUAACAUCAACAACGUGUGCAACUUCGCCUCCCGAAAUGACUACUCCUACUGGCUGUCCACCCCUGAGCCCAUGCCCAUGUCUAUGGCGCCCAUCGCCGGCGACAAUAUCAGACCGUUCAUUAGCAGGUGUGCGGUGUGCGAGGCUCCAGCCAUGGUGAUGGCUGUGCACAGCCAGACCAUCCAGAUUCCGCAGUGUCCCAGCGGCUGGUCCUCCCUCUGGAUUGGCUAUUCCUUCGUGAUGCACACCAGUGCUGGUGCCGAAGGUUCUGGCCAAGCCCUGGCAUCCCCCGGGUCCUGUCUGGAAGAGUUCAGGAGCGCGCCAUUCAUCGAGUGCCACGGACGUGGGACUUGCAAUUACUACGCGAACGCAUACAGCUUUUGGCUUGCCACGAUCGAGAGAAGCGAGAUGUUCAAGAAGCCCACGCCGUCCACCUUGAAGGCGGGGGAGCUGCGCACACACGUCAGCCGUUGCCAAGUCUGUAUGAGAAGAACAUAA